AUGACUACUCCAUCUGGUAAACCUAUUCCACCUAGACCUAGAAAAUUAGCUUUAUUAGGUUCUAGAUCGGUGGGAAAAUCUUCUUUGGCUGUUCAAUUUGUUGAUGAACAUUUUGUAGAAAGUUAUUAUCCUACCAUUGAACAUACUUUUCAAAAAACUGUCGAAUUGAAAGGUCAAUUGUUUCAUUUAGAACUCUUUGAUACGGCUGGUCAUGAUGAGUUUACUAUUCUCGAUUCAAAACAAGCUAUCGGUCUAGAUGGUUGGGCAUUAGUUUAUUCUAUCAACUCUCGAUCUUCUUUCGACAUGGUCUCAAUCAUCCGUGAUAAGAUCCUCAAUUUCACCGGUCAAGAUUCAGUACCUAUGGUCCUAAUCGGUAACAAAUCAGAUCUAGAAGCCCAGCGGCAAAUCUCAACUGAAGAAGGUGCAGCUCUAGCCAAACAAUUUAAUUGUGCAUUUACUGAAGCUUCGGCUAGAUCAGGUGAACAUGUAGCUAAAAGUUUUUUAUUAGGUUUAGCAGAAGUAGAAAAAGAAAUUAAUCCAGAUUCAGCUAAACCUGAGAAUUCGAAAUGUAUAAUUUGUUAA